AUGAAUGAAAACACACCUUCAGCACUAAGAAUAGUUGUACCUCUGCAUCCCAUGUCGUCGCUCCUGGAGCUCCCCGACACCAUCACCAAGUGGGUUGGCAAGGCCGUGUGCGCCCACCCGGAGAAGGGCGUGGGGCUGUCCGAGCGGGCGUCCAUCACCACCUUCACGCCCUUCUUCUCGGACUUGACCCUCCCGCCCUCCAUCAAGCGCGGCGAAGUCCUCCCCGUCAAGAUCUCCGUCUUUAACUACCUGGACCAGUCUCUGCCGGUACGAGUGAUCCUUGAGGAAAGCCCCGAGUACGAAGUGAUAGAGGGAGAGAUAGAGAACGCCAGAGGAGGAUCAGGAAAGAGCAGGACGACCUGCCUGGGGCCGAAGGAGAGGGCGGUUCUCUCCAUCCUGAUCCGGCCGCUGGCUCUUGGGGACGUCAGCCUCGCCGUCUCGGCCUCCGUGGACUACAGCAUCCCCGGGCAGUGCGGGGGGGGCGGCGAGGAGAGGGUCGAGAGGAGGGAUACUCUGGUCAAGACAAUAACCGUGGAGGCUGAGGGAUUCGCGAAGGAAGAGACGUGGACUAAAUACGCCUGCGCUGAAGAGCUGUCCGAGGGCAAGGACAGCCUGGAGGUGUGGCAGGUGGCGCCGCCGGAGAAGAUCGUGGCAGACUCCGCCCGUGGGAGGAUCUCGGUGGAAGGAGACCUGCUGGCGCUUCCACUCGAGAACCUGGGCUCCCUCACCCACGCGCCGGGCGGGGGUGGCGAGCAGAACUUGGCCAGCUUCGCCUCCAGCAUCUACAUCAUGCAGUACCUGGAGGCGACGAAGCAGGCCACGCCCGAGAGCACAAGGAAGCUCCUGCGGUUCAUGAGGAUGGGAUACCAGCGAGGGUUGCUGCAGCGGCGGCGGGACGGCUCCUUCAGCGCCUUCGGUCCCCGCGACGACUCGGGCUCCGCGUGGCUCACCGCCCUCGCUCUCAAGGCCUUCGCGCGCGCGAGGCAGUUCAUUACCAUCGACGAAGGGGCCUUGAAGGCCGCGCGGCAAUGGCUCGCCAAGACCCGCCUCGCCAAGGGCGGCUGCGUGGAGAGUGCGGGCCAGGUUUUCCCCAAGGACCUACAGGGCGGCCUCUCGUCAGACAAGCCGUCCCGAGAGCCGCUGACGGCGUACGUGCUCAUCGCCCUCCACGAGCCGGGCGUGGGCGCCGACAACGAGACCCUCAGCGAUCUGGUCCACUGUUUGGUCUCGGCCUCCAAGCGGACCAAAAGCGACCCUUACGCCCUCGCCUUGAAGGCCUACGCUCUCGCCUUGGCCAAGGACCCCGGCGCCGAGGAGGUCCUGCGGAGGCUGACCCGGAUGGCCGCCGUCGACGAGAACGCCAUCUAUUGGAAGGCGGGGGAGAACUCCUCGAGCCACUCGCCCCGAGCGGUGGAGACGGCGGCCUACGCGCUCCUCGCCAUGUUGGUUCUGGACCCGAAGAAGUACGCCGGCGAGGCCAAGAGGGUCGUGCAGGGGGUCGUACGCGAGAGGAACGGCCGCGGAGGAUUCUACUCGACGCAGGACACAGCCGCCGCUCUGCAGGCCCUGUCCUUGUACGAGACGGUAUUCUACAAAGGAUCCCCUCACGUCAUAGCCACCGUCGCCGCGCAGGACUUCUCUCGCGCCUUCGAAGUCACUGAAGGCAAUAAGCUUCUGCAGCAGUUCGAGGCUCUCCCGGUCUUGCCAACUGGUGUGAGCUUCGCCGUGGAAGGCCGCGGGUGUGUGGUUAUCCAGACCGUUCUCCGCUACAGCAUCCCCGAAGCCGAAGCCAGCGCCGCCUUCAGCCUCCGCAUCGACGCAGCGAACGACGAAAGCGCCCGGAAGUGCGCGCUGAAACACCUGGAGGUCUGCGCGACGUACCUCCUGCCCGACGGCGCCUCCAGCACGGCCGUCAUCGCGAUCAGCCUCGUCUCCGGCUUCGUCCCGCCGCGAGAGGGCCUGGAGGCGGUCGUGCGGGAGAACAGCGAAGUCGUCAAACGCUACGAGUUCGAGGGCAACAGGGUGGCCUUCUACGUGGACAAGUUCGUCACGGGGAAGGAGCUCUGUGUGGGUUUCGACGUCGUCCGCGAGGUGCAGGUCGGGGACUCCAAGCCGGGGACGGCGCUCGUGUAUGAUUUUUAUGAGCCUGCGGUCGCCGUUAGCAAGAACUUCGAAUUCCUGCCGGCGGAGGGAUGCUGAUGACAAGAUGGAGCUCAGUGUCACAAGACAAACGCAUAAGCCUGUUGUAAGAUCAUAAAAAAGACACUUCACAACAAAAAAAGAAACAUAUAUUUCCAUUAGAAAAUAAUAGUACACGCCAGGCUAUAUAUCAAAUUAUUUAAAUUUGUAUAUAUAUAUAUAUCUAUAAAUUCACUGUGGUUGGCCCUGACUGAAGCUGAGCUUUUACAUAAUGAAAACAAAAUAGAUAGAAAAAGUUUAUUUUUGUAUGUGUGAUAAUUGGAAAAUUAAAUCGGAAAGCAUUUGUAU